UAGAAGGGAAAGCCCGAGAACAAUAUCUGCUAGUGGUAGGACUAGGAUUGAGCUGUUACAAAAUGAUCCUUGUUAUUUGCAUCAUUUGCUUGAGUUUAUAACUAUUUCGAGUUUCGGUAGGAGAUGUGAAUUGUGUUCGUUAAUGAGAGGUUUGAUAGAUUCGAUAUAGAUCCUUUUGUGAAUGCUUUUCUAACCUCUACCAUCUUUUCCUUGCAAAAAACUCCCCCAUUUCUGGAUGAGGGGCCUUCCCCAUUGUUGUUUCAUGUUAGCUUUUUGCUUUUCUAGAAACAGUUCAACCAUUCCAUUCUGUCACCGUCACUCUUUGUAUGCCCACACCGGAUAUGAACCGAAAUGUCUCACGACGUUUUAAACCCAACUCAGGAACAUACUCGUUCUGCUCCUUCCGUUCCUAUGUCUUCUGGUUUUCUCCUCCCUGUAUGAUUCUCUAGUGGAUUGAUUAUGAAAUUGAUGUCUCUGAUCUUCAAGUAGAGCACAGGAGAAGAUACACUAGCAGGCUGUCAGAUUACUCGAAACCUUGUCGUUUUUCACGGCAAGUCUCGAAGGUGUUCCUCCUUCCUCGUGGGAGAUACUUGCUCACCUGACAUAAAACAUGGUUCUAAAACUGCAAUCUACCAAAGGUGGCGGAGGAUCCAUCAAGGUUGGAGCGACCGGAACGAUUAGUUCGUUGAUGACAAGGGAAUUAGAGACGAUGAGAUCCGGCCCCAAGAAGUUGGUCACGUCCAAAAACAAAUCUUCAUCAGCUACUUCAGCUAGUUCAUUUGCUGCUUCCAUUCCUAAAAGACUGCAACAAAGCAAAUCAUUUGAUGAGGUAAACAAUGGUAGAAGAUAUAGUACUGUUAAUAGCAGAAGCUUUGGGAACUCUCAUAACACUACUAAGGCCGCUGGUUCGAGGGAUGUCCACCGGAUACCAAUGCUUGGUUCUGAUACUCAUGCCAAUGAAAAUGGCUAUAGAGACAAACCAGAAAGGAAAGGACUUAGAGCAGUUGCAAUUGUGGACGUAAAGUGCAAUAACCCUGAUAAAGCUUGGGCUAGCCGUCCUCUAUCAAGUCGACUCCGAAAACUCGGGUUUUCGAAGCUGUCUGAAACCUUUGCUUGACUCUUCAAUGAACAUUGCAGACCUAUAGGCUGCUUUCUAUCAGAAUCUUUGUAGUUUUAAGGUUUCAAAUGAUGUAUAGAAGGAUCUGUAAGGGAGGCUGUGAGUCUCAUCGAUCGACCCGAAGUCGACGGUUGAUUGCAUUAUAACGCAUCAAACUCGUGCCUGGGUGGGUUCAAAAGAAAGCUAGCUUGGUUUUGUUAUUUGACAUGUUCAGAUAAUCAUGUAUGACGUCAACUUAUAGUUCAACUAGUUCAAAUAUUCAAUCAUGAAGUCAGAAGUUCGAAUCGUUUUAUCUC